GUAUCCGGCUGUGAGUGAUCAGCCCGUGGGGAGGAGCUGUUUCUCGACACACGACGACCACGGUGAGCAGCGUUGGUGAGCAGUGUCAAUGAGGCUGGUCGGCUAAUGGCCCAGGGGCGACGGAGACAGUAAGGUCCUCGUCUGUUCGCCUUCCUCCAAGUCUUCGGCGGCCACCUCUGACCCCCUUUUCUAACGCCACGACGCGGCGGCGGCGGCGGCAGCAGCAGCAGCGACGCCAGCGAGGCCGAAAUUAAGGACUCACUAUGUCUGAUGGGGACUAUGAUUACCUCAUCAAAUUCCUAGCCCUCGGUGACUCUGGUGUGGGAAAAACAAGCUUCCUCUACCAGUACACAGAUGGCAAGUUUAACUCCAAGUUCAUCACUACAGUCGGGAUAGACUUCAGAGAAAAAAGAGUGAUCUACAAAUCAGCGGGUCCGGAUGGAUCUUCAGGUAGAGGACAGAAGAUCCACAUGCAGCUGUGGGACACUGCAGGACAGGAGAGGUUUCGCAGUUUGACAACUGCGUUCUUCAGAGAUGCAAUGGGUUUCCUCCUCCUGUUUGACCUCACAAAUGAGCAAAGUUUCCUCAACGUCAGAAACUGGAUGAGUCAGUUACAGAUUCAUGCAUAUUGCGAAAAUCCAGACAUCGUUCUGUGUGGCAACAAAUGUGACCUGGCAGAUCAGAGAGCAGUCAGUGAAGAUGAGGCCAGUGAACUGGCAGAGAAGUAUGGAAUCCCCUACUUUGAGACAAGUGCUGCGAACGGGCUGAACGUGAGCCCGGCUGUGGACGUCCUGCUGGACCUUAUCAUGAAGAGGAUGGAGCGAUGCGUUGACAAAUCCUGGAUCCCUGACGGAACCGUCCGAGCUAAUGGACCCACCAACCCAAACAUCUCAGAGAGCUCGGACAGGAGCAAAUGUGCAUGUUAAAAUGAUGAGGAGUCAUUUUAGUUACAUAUGUGUGUCGAUCAUACUGCUGAAAAAAAAUAGGAAGACAGCCAAGUUCAAUGUUUCACAAAGUGGGAGUUUAUAUAUAUUGUUUCUGUGUUAGGUAAAACAUUAAUUUGUGUCCAUUGCCCCAAAAACUGUGCAUACUUUGACUGACAUGCUGUAUUAUUUGUCAGUACAGAGUUAAGUGCCUUUUGCAUACGGACAUUUUCAUUAGGAUUAAUAUCAAGAGUCUUUUGAUUGUGAGUAGGGGAUAUUUAUUUCUUAUGAUGCCUAGCUUAAAUGUCAGUUGUCCCUCAUCAGUUGAAUAUGCUGAUCCCAUUUUCAGGUAUAAACUUUGUGCUCCAUGUUGCAGCAAAGUGGGCUGCCCUGCCAGAUGUGCUAUAAAUAUAGUGUUAAUAUUUUCUGUAAGGUUAGCGUAGAUUCACACCUAGUCAUUCGAGAGAAAGUCACCUUAAUUGGUCUUUCUACAGUCAGACAAACAUUGGCUGUGAUUGUACUUUUAGGAAAUUGUAUGUAACCACUUAUGUAUGUACUACUGAUGCUCCACUGACUGUAAAGCUAAAUACUGCAAUCUCACCUGUGCCACAGUCAGAAAAAAUGUAGCUCACAUUGGCCAUCCAGCAGAAGCUAUAUGGACGCUCUACACACUAUUUUUUUUUCUAAAUUAAUACUUGUGCUUGUUUGCCUGCAAAAAAUGAAUUAUGUAAUAUAUUUAAACUAAGUCACCUGCACUUCAUUACGUACGGCGACAGGCUUGGCCAAGAAUUCUAAAAAUGAAGGUUCGGUAGUUUGAUAAGAGGAAUAUAUAUGUCCUGAAAAGUGACACUGAAAACUGAGCAGUAAACCAGGGACCCAGGUAAUUAAGGUAAUUCAUCCUGCUGUAUAAAAUACCCAUUCAGCAAAUAAACACAAUAUAGACUUUCAAAUUCUCCAAAUAUAUUUUAAAGUAAGAAAUGUAUAUGCAAAAUCUUACUCCAGCUUUUGUGCGUAUUUUGACUGUUUUGAACAUAAUGUGUUUAUAGAUUUAGAUCUACCUUUUAAACUAAAAUAUCAGUUUUGGGGACAGUUCAGUCACUCACAGCUUUUGAACAAAUUACAGUUCCUUCUGCCGUCUAAUUAAAUACAUACAAAGUCAAACAAGUAUUGUUCCUAAUGACAAAACUUUAGGUGAAGUUCCAUCGUUAACCUUGUAGUAGUUUAAUGACUCUCUCCUCUGCAGCUCCCAGAGUCAAACUUUGUGAACAUUAAGUAACACCAGCUUCAGUGAGGCUGAUCUUCCCUGGAUCCAGUCCCCUGCAUUUCCAAUUUUUAAUCAUCAUUCACAUGUAACAGUACCUACAGUUUUGAAUUCUUUAUUUUUUAAAGUAAUUUCCUUAGUUGAGAUCCUAGAUACCGACACCUUACACCUGGGCCUUGCAGUUAUUCCAGGAGUUACCACUGUGAGGGUGGGCCGCCUCGCUUGAUGUCAUGAAAAAAAAUUAAUAAUACACUUUUAGAGAAAUAAAACUUUAACCUUCAGGGAAAAUGAGCUGAUGUGCUAGUGCACGCAGGAAAUGCAUCAUAUUUAAGGAGUGUGGCUACUGUUUAUUGCGUCAUAUACUCACUAAAUGAAUUGUAUUCCAGAUACAUUUGAGCUCUGGCUAAACAAAUUCCCAAUAGAAACUGUUUACCCAGUUGCAAGAUGCAAAAAAAAAAAAAAGAGUAAAAAGAGGCAUUAGGUGCAAGAAAGAUGCUCCAUUGUUGAAUAUUGGAUGGAAAGUAUUUGUUUCAGGUAUUAAUGUGAGCAUGUCAUCUAGGCAAUAUACAGUACAAUUAGCCUGUUCAAUCUUUUGAUCUUGAUUUCAAUAGAUUUUGUUUUGGCAAGUUUUAUAAGUAAUGCAA